AUGAGAUUCUUCACCAUCGCUCUCUUCUUCUGUAUCCUGUCCAACGUCUUCGCUUGGUACCAUGGGGAUCGUGUCGCUUUAGCUGAUGAUGAGUAUGAUCCAGAAGCAAUCGAGAACCGUCAACAAAUCGCCAAGGAGUAUAUGGCUCGCGAGAAGUUCCGUAGAAGAAUUCGGGAGGAGAUUGCCAAGGAAGAGAUCGAGCACAAGUACAGACGCGAGAAGAUCCGUAGAGCUAUGGAGGCCUUCAACGAGUGA